CGAAGCGAAGGAAAAUGGCGGACAGGUUCUCCCGCUUUAACGAGGACAGGGACUUCCAGGGAAAUCACUUUGAUCAGUAUGAAGAAGGCCACUUGGAGAUUGAGCAGGCAUCCUUAGACAAGCCUAUAGAAUCGGAUAAUAUUGGACACCGCCUGCUACAGAAGCAUGGUUGGAAGCUGGGCCAGGGUUUGGGGAAAUCUCUCCAGGGUAGGACAGAUCCUAUUCCCAUCGUUGUCAAGUAUGACGUCAUGGGCAUGGGACGGAUGGAAAUGGAGCUUGAUUAUGCUGAAGAUGCUACAGAACGGAGGAGGGUCUUGGAAGUGGAGAAGGAAGAUACGGAAGAGCUGAGGCAGAAAUACAAGGAUUACGUGGACAAAGAAAAAGCAAUUGCUAAGGCCCUUGAAGACCUUCGAGCUAACUUCUACUGUGAACUCUGUGAUAAACAGUACCAGAAGCAUCAAGAAUUUGACAACCACAUAAAUUCCUAUGACCACGCCCACAAACAGAGGUUGAAGGAUCUCAAGCAAAGAGAGUUUGCUCGUAAUGUUUCAUCAAGAUCCCGGAAAGAUGAACGAAAGCAAGAGAAAGCCCUCCGGCGUCUGCAUGAGCUGGCUGAGCAAAGAAAGCAGCCUGAAUGUGCUCCAGGAAGUGGGCCGAUGUUCAGAACCACCACUGUGGCUGUAGACGAGGAAGGAGGGGAGGAGGAGGCAGAUGUGGCAGCUCCCAGUAGCUGUUCUUCCAUCUCUCCAGCUUCUGGACAGUCCAUCAACGUGACCAUAGACAAGAGCACUGUUUAUUCCAGUGGGCAGGCCAGUAGCAACACAGGCCUUGGGCAAAUUCCUGUACAGACGCCGCAAGCCAUUGGACUUGGAGUCAACCCUCUUCAGAAGAUAGGGGUGUCUUUCUCGUUUGCCAAAAAGGCCCCAAUGAAGCUAGAGUCCAUCGCCUCUGUCUUCAAAGACCAUGUGGAUGAGACUGGUUCUCCUGAAGAAAUCAAACCUGAUGAUAGAGCCCAUGCAGACUCUGGAGCACUAGGGAAAAUUGGGGAAGCAGAAGAGACAAAUAGCCCUGACAGCAAAGGAGAUGAGGAGGAGCAACAGCACGAGAAAGAUGGGGCAGGGGCAAGCACCCCACUGUCAAAACUGAAAAAGGUAAAACGAGAGGAUGGGCCAAUGGCCGUAGAACCAGAGUAUUACCACUAUAUCCCACCAGCCCACUGCAAGGUGAAACCCAACUUCCAGUUCCUGCUAUUUAUGAGGGCCACGGAGCAAGUGGAAGCAGCAGCUGUGAGCAAGAAAGUGGCAUGUGAAAGGAAGCAGAGUAAUUCCCCCAAGCCCAGAGUAGCAAAGAAUGGUGAUAAAGUGGCAGUUACUGAGUGUGCUAACCAACUGAAAGAAUCCAGCCCCACCAGUCCCAUCAACAAAAGCAACAAAAUGGAAGACAAAGAAAUUCUGGAGGAUGCAAGUGGACUGGAAGGCAAACAGGCCCGGGAAGGCAGCGCUACAGAGUUGGAUGCCCUGAAAGACCUUCCUCACCCGACACCAGCUAGUAAAGAUGCCACAGAUGGGCCUAAACAUUUAACAGGGCCUUUCUUCCCUGUGCUAAGUAAAGAUGAGAGCACCACCCUCCAGUGGCCUUCAGAAUUGCUGAUCUUUACCAAAGCAGAGCCUUCAGUUUCAUACAGCUGCAAUCCCUUGUAUUUUGACUUUAAGUUGUCUCGAAACAAAGACAAUAAAGUGAAAGGGGCAGAAAAACCGAAAGCUGCAGCCAGUCUUUCAAAAGAAAAUGUACCGUCUGCUGAAGGUGGGGAUGCAAGUAAGAGCAGAGAACCAGCCCUCCUCCCUGGCAGCUCAUCCACCAUGCCAGAAAGCAAGUCCCUGCCAGCAUGCAGUAAGCAGGAAUCCAGCCCUAUGAGCACCAACAGGAGUGAAGGUGCAGAAGAUGGCAGUAAAAGCAACCUUGUUAGCCACAAAGACAAGCUGGGGAAAUCCCACAAACACAAAAAGAAGAAAAAGCACAAGAAAUCCACCAAACACAAACGUCGACACAAGGAUGAGGCAGAAGAGAAAAGCCGGGAAGGGGACCUGGCAGAAGAGAGAUCCAAGAAGCGAAAGAAACGUAAACACAAAAAGAGCAAGUCUUCCUUUCCCACUGAGGGUGAGCGGGUACAAGGGAUCGAAGAUGUUGGCCACCCCAAGAAAAGAAAGUGGUGCCCUCAGGACUCUCAGCGGAAGUCUGUCUCUACUGAAGAAGGUGGAAGCAGCAGCAAGAAAGAGGACAGUGGCACCUCAUCCCAAGAGCACAGCAGCAAAAAACAUAAAGGGGACCCACAGCAGGUGUUGCCCACCACCAAGAGGCGGCCAUCUGCCUUGACUGUAGGCCGCCUCAGCCAUAAAGCCCGACAGAGCAGUGGCUGCUAUGAAAGCGAUGAGGACUUCUGCCGCAAGCACUUCAGACAGAAAUCAGCAUUGCACUACAGUGAUGACGACUCUGGCAGUGACUGUUCACGGAGCCGCUCCCGGUCAGGUCGGAGGCAUUCCUCCCGACGGUCAUCGCAGAGGUCAUACUCAACAAGUUCCUAUGCCUCCUCAGACCACAGUCGGUAUAGCCGGCGGCGGAGCUACUCAGAGGACAGCUAUAGUGACUACAGUGACCGGUCACGGAGUUGCACCAAACGCUCCCAUGACUCGGAGGAUGAUUCAGACUAUACACGUUCCAAGCGCAGGUCUAAACGGCACAAAUAUUCCUCUUCAGAAGAUGACUACAGCAGGAGCAGGACCCGGACCCGGAGCCGAAGCAGGAGUCGAACCCACACCAGGGGAAGGUCAAGGACAAGAAGUCGGGGCAGGACGCGCAGCAGCAGCUGCAGCCGCAGCCGAAGUAAACGCAGGAGCCGCAGCCGAACAGGGCACAGUUGGAAGAGAAGCCGGAGCUACAGCCGGGAGCGCAGCCGGAGCACAAGAAGCCUUUCACAGAGAUCCCUCUCCAGGAAGGGGUCCCGAGGCCACGAGAGCCCUGGUGAGAGGCGAUCUGGACGGCGAGAUUUCAUCCGGUCCAAGAUCUAUCGUUCACAGUCUCCUCACUACUUUAGAGCCAGACAAGGGGAGGGGCCUCUGAGAAAGGAGGAAGUGAGAGGAGAUGAAGUUUCAGGGACCAGCAGUCUCUUCCAGAAUAGUGGGAGCUCCAACUUGGGAAGCAAUUGUAACUCUGAGGAGAAGAACUCUGCUACAGCCAAGCUGCUUCUGGAAAAGGUUCAGUCCAGGAAAGUGGAGAAGAAGGCUGGUGGGAAUGAGGAUACCCCAGGGCCCCACAAGGUUGGGAUAAAGCUGAAGGAUCCCCCCCAAGGUUAUUUUGGUCCAAAGCUCCCGCCUUCACUAGGCAACAAGCCUGUCCUUCCGUUAAUCGGAAAGCUUCCCACAGUCCGAAAACCAAAUGCCAAGAGAUGUGAGGAGUCUGGGAUAGAAAGAGGAGAGGAAGCAGAACUGUCAGAGCCAGAAGAUGCCACUCCUGAUGGUGCGGGGGAGACGGUCCUAACAAGCCAGCCCCCACUGGAAGAGGCCACAGUGAGGGGGGUUCAGGAUAACCUUCCUGGAGACCAGCCCUUGGAGGAAGCAGCCACAGAGAUGGCCCCUGUUCCCCUUGAGCCCCCAGGGCUCCCAGAGCCCUACGGAUCGGGUGAGCUGGUUGUGUCACAAAGCCUCCUCUCUGAUCCCAGCACAAAUGAAGCAUUGGAGUCUCUGGACAGCGGAAACCAGCCUGUCUCCAUAGAGAAUAGGAUAGUGCCCUUAGUGCCUGACGUCGAGCACUUCCCCAGCUACAUGCCACAGAGCGGGGAAUCGGCUAUCAGUGGAGAGCUGGAGGGCACUGAGGACUCUUCCUUGGCCCCGCUAGAGAGCCAGCCCAUUACUUUCACCCCUGAGGAGAUGGAGAAGUACAGCAAGCUUCAGCAGGCAGCUCAGCAGCACAUCCAGCAGCAGCUCCUGGCCAAGCAGGUCAAGGCCUUCCCUGCCUCUGCCGCUCUGGCUCCUGCGGCAGCCCCUGCCCUGCAGCCCAUCCACAUCCAGCAGCCGGCAGCUGCCGCCGCCACGUCCAUUACCACUGUACAGCACGCCAUCCUUCAACAUCACGCCGCCGCUGCUGCUGCAGCCAUCGGAAUCCACCCACACCCUCACCCCCAGCCCCUCGCUCAAGUGCAUCACAUCCCCCAGCCCCAUCUGACUCCCAUUUCGCUGUCCCACCUGACCCACUCCAUCAUCCCAGGGCAUCCUGCCACCUUCCUGGCCAGCCACCCCAUCCAUAUCAUUCCUGCCUCUGCCAUCCACCCUGGCCCCUUCACUUUUCAUCCCGUCCCUCAUGCUGCCCUCUACCCGACCCUUUUAGCACCUCGGCCAGCUACAGCAGCGGCUGCCACAGCAUUACACCUCCACCCCCUCCUGCACCCCAUUUUCUCAGGACAGGACUUGCAGCAUCCCCCAAGCCACGGCACAUGAGAGAGCAAGAGAGAGGCUGCCUCAGUCAGGGGUGGGGGGAGGGAAUAAGAGUGGUUGUGAGGGGAUGUUGGUCUGUCUCUAACUCUGGAAAGUCACUGAGAGGGACAAGACCUGAGAAUAGCCAAAGAAGGGCCAGACUGGGCAGGGCAAGAGAGGCUCAAGGAACGCAAGUGAAGCAGCUUUUUGGGAGAAGGGAAAGCCCUGUUGUCGAGAGCGUCUCUUGCAUCUGUGUGGGUGCCUUCUCUGGGUGUAAGGUUCUUUGCGAGGUGUGCUCCUGUCCCCACCCAUAACUUCUGAUGCUCGCUCACUUUUUAAAUCCACUCUGAAAAACUAAGCAGAUAAAACCUAACUUACGUUGACUUUGUUACCUGUGUUUAAUAUAAAGAGUGAAAGUAAUCAUUUGGGGCCACCUUAAAGGUUAAGCUGAGCAAAAUCUAGAAGUUCAGUUCUUGGACCAUCCCUCUUUUGCGGCCCACUCCCAUUUAGAGAGCUGCGUGCCGAUCGUCAUAUCGCCAGAAUUGCUUGCAGACGGCUCAUUCCCAGUGUCAGACAAGCUUGGUGGUACUGUCCUUUCAGACACACUCCAUGACGCUGCUGAGAGAGAACAGAGAGUGCGUCCCUCUCAGUCCUUGAAGCAAUAUAGUGGACUGGAGCCCUGUGAAUGUCCUAAACACGACUCUGUAAAUUGUACUUUUUCCUCUGUAAUAUUGAUGGUUCCUUAUUAACUUAUGAUUUUUUUUUUAGAAGAAGAAAAAAAGUUUUAAAAAAUUGCACUGAACUCUAUAUGUCAAAAUGCUGCUUUUUGCAGCUUCUCUGACACUUGUUCCACAUAGGUCGUAUAUACUGCAAUAACACUUUUGACAGCCGUUGUUUGAGUGGUUCUCGUUCCAGUGGCUUUGGUUAUCCAUAUGUUUUGAUUUAGUGGGAAAGAAGACUCUUGUCAGAGGCUCAACAUCCCUAGCUUCAGCUGGGGUGCAAGAUGACUUCAAGCAUGUAUAUUUUAUUGAGCUCAUGUAUUUUUGCAGAAUGGGGUGUUUAUGUACUAUGAAAUGUAAAAACAAAAGAAGACUUUUUCAUCUGACAAGAAAAGAUGAGAAGGUUUUAAAUUAAGGGUCAGUGAUCUAGACACGUGCAUCCUCUUCUCCCUUCUCCCUGACCUGCAGCUAAUGAAUUCCACCCCAUGGAAUAGCACCCCCUAAACAGCUUCUGUGAAAAGAGGGUUAGUGAGGCAUUGUAUGUGUGAUACCAGUCACUAGGCCACCACUUGGGGAGCAAUGGCUGCUUGGCACGGCAGGUAAGAAGUCAAUUGCCAGUCAGAAAGGGUGAGACCCACAGAAGAGAUCCCAGCUGUUUUUUCCUUAUGUUCACCCACUUGUUCUGAGACAUUGCUGUGACAUAAAUUCUAGUUGUGUGCUGUGUUUGGUUUUCUUUUCUUUUAAAAGCUUAUUUUCAUACGUGCCUUCUGUUUCGGGAGAGAGGUUUUGAGUGGUGUGUUUUUCUGAGCUCUCUGUGCUUUUUUUUUUCCUAAUGAGUUACCCUCACUUUGUAGCUGUCCCCUUUAGCCUUUAUCAUACCCUGUGUUAGGACGUCUAAAUGGAGAGUAUGCAAACAGAAGCCAGUUUUGUGCAGAGGGUCUCAGUAGUGCUGCUCUGGUCUGGGCGUCAUUAGCUAGCAUUACAACCUGUUACAUCUCCCAAAUUUAAAAAACUAAAGAAUCCCCGUCCUCUUUCUUCCUGUCCUGGUUGCCCUGAAAUGAGAGACCUAGGCUCUAAACUGCUGUAAACUUCCCCCUUUGCUACAGAGAGGCAGAUGAAUUAGCACUGGAAAUUAGUGUUCCAAGAAGGGGACUCUGUUGUGUUUAGCUGCUUGUAGAUAUACAACAAAUAACAGUAUUAAUGUCCCAGUGCUUCAUUCCUUAGCCUUGAGGUUUAAGCGGCUUAUGCAGCAUCCUGCUGGGGCUCAUGAGAAUGGACUUCUACAAGAAUGCUUACAGCAAAGAGAACACACUAUUCCUUCAGUAUCUGCAGACUGUAUUUAACUGUCACAUAAAAGUAUAUAUAUAAAUAUAUCUAUAUAUGCUGUAAAAAUAAGGAAAAUAAACUUUCUAAUAAACUAGUAAUUUGGGG